CAGCUUCUUCGACUCAUUCGCCUGUUGGAGUUGGCGACUCCACUCCUCCACGGCGUGGCAUGCGAUCACGGCUCCCUCCUCCGCCAUUAUCGAUCUCUCUCCUCUCUCUCUACACACACUCUCUCUCUCUCUCUCUCUCCCCCCAAAGGAACUCGAACAGUGCAUCUGAAGCUCGUAACGGAAACCGAUAAACUAUUUACGCUACAUUUUUAAUAUCUUUUUAAAAAAGCGAAGGGUGAAAGGAGUAGCAAACCUCCGAUCCGUGCUCUAAUGGCGAAGCGCUUGCAGUAGAGACUAGAGAAAGGGGGAGGGGGAGGGAGAGGUUGAGAGGGAGAGGGGGAGGCGACAAUGGCGGAGGCAGGGGAGGGGAAGGGGAGCGGGGAGGGGGAGAAGAAGAGGCAGGAGCAGAGCCUGGCGUUCCACGAGCUCUUCUCCUUCGCAGACAAGUGGGAUUGGAUGCUAAUGGCGGCGGGGAGCGUCGGCGCCGUCGUGCAUGGCUCCGCCAUGCCCGUGUUCUUCCUCUUCUUCGGCGACCUCGUCAAUGGCUUCGGCAAGAACCAGUACAACCUCCGCAAGAUGACCGACGAAGUCUCCAAGUACGCUCUCUAUUUCGUGUACCUAGGGCUAGUGGUGUGCGUGUCUUCGUACGCAGAGAUCGCAUGCUGGAUGUACACCGGGGAGCGGCAGGUGAUCGCACUCCGGAAGCGGUAUCUCGAAGCGGUGCUGCGACAGGACGUAGGGUUCUUCGAUACCGACGCUCGCACGGGCGACAUCGUCUUCAGCGUCUCCACCGACACCCUCCUUGUCCAAGACGCCAUUAGCGAGAAGGUCGGUAACUUUAUCCACUACCUCUCCACGUUCUUGGCGGGGUUGGUGGUGGGAUUCAUCUCCGCGUGGCGAUUGGCGCUUCUCAGCGUCGCGGUUAUACCCGGGAUCGCCUUCGCCGGGGGUCUCUACGCUUAUACGCUCACCGGUCUCACCUCCAAGAGCCGAGAAUCCUACGCCAAUGCCGGCAUCAUCGCCGAACAGGCAAUUGCACAAGUCCGAACUGUGUAUUCAUUUGUGGGAGAAAGCAAAGCUCUUAAUUCAUACUCUGAAGCAAUUCAGAAUACACUGAAGCUCGGUUAUAAGGCUGGGAUGGCUAAAGGUUUAGGGAUUGGGUGCACCUAUGGAAUAGCAUGUAUGUCAUGGGCUUUGGUGUUUUGGUAUGCUGGCGUUUUCAUCAGGAAUGGGCAGACUGAUGGUGGAAAGGCUUUUACAGCAAUAUUUUCUGCUAUUGUUGGUGGCAUGAGUCUAGGCCAGUCAUUCUCCAACCUUGGAGCCUUUAGUAAAGGGAAGACAGCGGGUUACAAGCUUUUGGAGAUAAUUCGUCAAAAACCCUCUAUAAUUCAAGACCAAGAAGAUGGAAAGUGCUUGGCAGAGGUGCAUGGAAACAUAGAAUUCAAGGAAGUUACCUUCAGCUAUCCUUCAAGACCUGAUGUCAUUAUCUUUCGGGACUUUUCCCUCUUCUUCCCUGCUGGGAAGACUGCUGCGGUUGUUGGAGGUAGUGGAUCAGGGAAGAGUACUGUUGUGGCUCUGAUAGAACGGUUCUAUGAUCCUAAUCAAGGGCAGGUUUUGCUGGACAAUGUGGACAUAAAGACGUUGCAAUUGAGAUGGCUGAGAGAUCAAAUUGGUCUGGUAAAUCAAGAGCCAGCUCUUUUUGCAACCACUAUUCUUGAGAACAUACUAUAUGGAAAGCCAGAUGCCACCAUGGCCGAGGUUGAAGCUGCUGCAUCUGCUUCCAAUGCCCAUAGCUUCAUUGCUCUUCUUCCAAAUGGCUACAACACUCAGGUGGGUGAGAGAGGAGUCCAGCUAUCGGGUGGCCAGAAACAACGUAUUGCUAUUGCCCGUGCGAUGUUAAAGAACCCCAAGAUACUUCUCCUUGAUGAAGCCACCAGUGCGCUGGAUGCUGGUUCCGAGAGCAUAGUCCAAGAAGCUUUGGACCGCCUUAUGGUGGGCAGAACAACUGUUGUUGUUGCUCACCGUCUUUCCACCAUUAGAAAUGUUGACAUGAUUGCUGUGAUCCAACAAGGCCAAGUCGUCGAGACUGGGACCCAUGAAGAACUUCUUGCGAAAGGAAGCUCAGGAGCAUAUGCCUCUCUAAUUCGGUUCCAAGAAAUGGCUAGGAACAGGGACUUUGGUGGCCCAUCAACUCGUAGAUCCCGAUCAUCACGCUUGAGCCAUUCUCUUUCUACCAAAUCUCUAAGCCUCAGAUCUGGGAGUUUAAGGAACCUGAGCUAUCAGUACAGUACUGGAGCGGACGGCCGAAUAGAGAUGGUUUCUAAUGCAGAUAAUGACCGGAAGUAUCCAGCACCACGGGGUUACUUUUUCAAGCUUCUGAAGCUAAAUGCACCGGAGUGGCCCUACACCAUAUUGGGUGCCAUCGGGUCUGUCCUCUCUGGGUUCAUUGGUCCAACGUUUGCACUAGUGAUGAGCAAUAUGAUUGAAGUGUUUUACUAUAGGGACCCUAAUGCAAUGGAGAGAAAGAUAAAAAAGUAUGUGUUUAUCUAUAUUGGCACGGGGCUUUAUGCAGUGGGUGCUUAUCUUGUGCAGCAUUACUUCUUCAGCAUCAUGGGGGAAAAUCUGACUACCAGGGUUCGAAGAAUGAUGCUUGCUGCUAUAUUUAGAAAUGAAGUGGGUUGGUUUGAUGAGGAGGAGAAUAAUUCAAGUCUUGUGGCUGCUCGUUUAGCUACGGAUGCCGCUGACGUGAAGUCCGCAAUAGCUGAGAGGAUCUCUGUUAUUCUACAGAACAUGACCUCCCUCCUUGCAUCUUUCAUAGUCGGGUUUGUCGUUGAAUGGCGGGUCGCACUUCUUAUUCUUGCCACUUUCCCUCUUCUUGUGCUUGCCAACUUCGCCCAGCAACUCUCGAUGAAGGGGUUUGCUGGCGACACAGCAAAGGCACACGCCAAGACCAGCAUGAUUGCAGGAGAGGGUGUUAGUAAUAUCCGCACGGUGGCAGCCUUCAAUGCACAGGACAAGAUCCUCUCUCUCUUCCGCCAGGAGCUGCACGUCCCUCAAAAGCGCAGCCUCCGCCGGAGCCAGACCUCUGGGCUCCUCUUCGGCCUCUCACAGCUUUGUCUAUACGCAUCCGAGGCCCUCAUCCUGUGGUAUGGAGCGCAUCUUGUCCGCUCCCAUGUGUCUACCUUCUCCAAGGUCAUCAAGGUCUUUGUUGUCCUCGUCAUCACUGCCAACUCAGUCGCCGAAACAGUGAGCCUUGCUCCUGAGAUCAUCCGUGGUGGGGAGUCCAUCCGCUCUGUUUUCUCCAUCCUCAAUCGUGGAACACGAAUUGACCCCGAUGAACCUGAAUCCGAACCAGUUGACUCCAUUCGUGGGGAGAUUGAGCUUCGGCACGUCGACUUUGCCUACCCAUCUCGGCCUGACCUCCAAAUCUUCAAGGACUUCAACCUAAGAAUACGAGCCGGCCAGAGUCAAGCACUUGUUGGAGCCAGUGGAUCUGGAAAAAGCACCGUCAUUUCUCUUAUCGAGCGCUUCUACGAUCCCACAGCAGGCAAGGUCAUGAUAGAUGGCAAGGACAUCCGGCGGCUGAACCUGAAGUCCCUGCGGCUAAAGAUCGGCCUCGUGCAGCAGGAACCUGUGCUGUUCGCAGCUAGCAUUAUGGAGAACAUUGCCUAUGGUAAAGACAGCGCAACAGAGGAGGAACUGAUCGAGGCGGCGAAGGCGGCUAACGUUCACGGGUUUGUGAGCCAACUGCCGGAGGGGUACAAGACGGCAGUCGGGGAGAGAGGGGUGCAACUGUCGGGCGGGCAGAAGCAAAGAAUUGCAAUAGCUAGGGCAGUGCUCAAGGACCCGACGAUUCUUCUUCUUGAUGAGGCGACAAGUGCGUUAGACGCCGAAUCGGAGUGCGUCCUUCAGGAGGCUCUCGAGCGGCUCAUGAAGGGGCGGACUACGGUUCUGGUUGCUCACCGCCUCUCCACUAUUCGGGGUGUGGAUUGUAUUGGCGUGGUCCAAGAUGGCCGGAUUGUCGAACAAGGUAGCCAUUCUGAGCUCGUGGCGCGGCCUGACGGGGUGUAUUCGCGGUUGCUACAGCUGCAGAACCAUCACGUUUGAUCCCUAGCCAUAGUGAAUUUGACAUCCCUCUUUUGUUGUUCUGAGAUGAUUUAACCGAUUUUCGGGUUCCUAAACGUGGAGAACUUUGGAUGUAGAUAGAAGAGGGGGCUAAGCGUAUAUUAUGUGUGAUGCAAAAUUGGACUUAGCUUAAUCCUCCUUAAUUAGGGAUGCAGCUAUGUAUCGGAUAUGCUCGUUGUGGUAAUAUAUUUAUGAUCUUAGGUGAACAAUU